GGGAGAAACUGAGAGAGAGUAGGAGGAAUGAAAAUAAGAGUUUAUAUGCAAGUCAGCAUCACAACUGGAUGCAGAGCAUUUCAGCAGUACAGACCUUUAAGUUAUGUAAAGCAAGGGGUGUCUGAAGAAAGCACCCAAUAGCACCCCUCGGUGUGAAGCCACAAGUCUCCUUUCAGUCCUAAAUCAUUUUAUUUGUCACAACAACUCAAACAACCAUUAGCACCUUACUCAGCUGAACUUUAAUCAUCCAGCAAGUGCUUAUGCCCUCAAAACACUCAACUCAAAUGGUCUUAUUCUUCCCCAUAAUCAAAUUUCCGCUAUAAACAAUGCAAUGUUACUGACAUUUCUCUGCAACUACUAAACAAGUCCAACUAGAGAGAGGACGAGGACAGCACAUCAUUUAUGUCAAAUGUGAUACUGCAUGAUCUUUGUUGUGCUCAUGGAAAAAAAUACGAGUUCCUCCUCAGUCUUAGAAAAAUGGGAUUCCAUACCAAAUGAACAGCCAUCCGAGCCCAUUUUUAAAACCCCUUCACCCUUUUGGAAUCAGGAUUUAAUAUACAGAAGAUCUAGACAAGUACGUGAUUCCACAUGUGAUGUCGUCACAGAUGGGUUCAACUUGUAUACCUACAGGUGUGAUUUAGGCACUGUCACAAGCCCAGACCUCUCAUGUGUCAUAGGACCAAAUCAGAUCCACCCUUCACCGAGUCUGAACUCGACUAGCAGUAGAUAUCUACCACCUACAUCGAAAUUACUUGUGAGCAACCCAAAUACGCUGCACGGUAUUGGAAGGAGCACUUCAUACUGGAGUUAUUUAACUCCAGAAGUCGGAGAUGGACUUGUGAAAGGUUUCAGAAAGCUGCAUAAUCCACAAAUCGACCCACUGUCGGCUUCAUAUUUUUACAGAGGAGUCGUUAGGGAUACUCUACGAAGAGAUAUUCCAAAUGAGGAAGUCAAAAUAUGCAUGCAAAAAGAGAGGCCGAGAUAUUCACAUUGGUACCAUGAACCGCAAAGUCAGAGAACCUGCUCUAAGACAUUACGUGAGAGACAUUAUGUGAGAAACAACCCACUGCUAGGUUCUUUAUUGCAUACAGAUUCUAGUAAAGAAUAUUUUCGACACAAUAUUGAGUACAACCAUCACCAGCCUCUCAAUCUGAAUGACUCGAUUAGGCAUGCUGUGCCUGAAGAAUCAAAGCCGGAAGGUGAAACGCAAACAAGAGAGGAGCUCCCCCUGCUGGUCUGGAGAGAAGAAGCAGAAAAACACAAUCGCCAAACAAACACUAGCUCGCAAUCUAAAUCCUCUUCUUCUGCCCUCUGGGUUCUCAGUCGCUUUGCAGAAGGCACAUUGGUGGAGCUUGAGGGAGGCCGGCUGAAGCGGGUGGAGGAUUUAAAGAUGGAGGAUUUGGAGCAGUGUGCCCAGUUACAUCCUGAGCUGACGUUGAAGCGCUUCACUGUGUUGAAGGUGACUCCUUCACAGACCCCAGCGUUGUCAUGUUUGCUUGUGGAGAUUGAGCAUGACCACUCACAGUUGUCCAUGGAGGUGAGUGAAGGGCUUCCCUUCUUCGUUUGCAGUCAUGGCUGGUCCUCCUGUAACCCUCAACAUACAAGUAAAACCUGCAGACUACAAUGCCGCCAGCUAAAGGUGGGUGACGUGUGCCUGGCAUUGACGCAUAUACCCGUCUCUUCAUCUCAGCCUGCCAAUCAGAACCUAGCUGAAGUGAGUGAAGAUCACAGGGUUCCAAAGUGUCACGCCGAAAACAACCCCACAGUGCAGAAAAAACACCAAUCAAGAAAGAGACACUUCACAGCUCCUGAACUCAGGGGGACAUCUAAGAUACGCAACUUCGAAGACUGAGCAGCUAAAGGCUAAUUCAUGUAUUGUAGAUUUUUUUUUUUUUUUUUUUUUGAAGUUUCAUUUGCUAUUUUUAUUGAACAUAAUUUGUCUUUAUACAUUGUAAAUACCAUUCCUUUGCAAAUAUAAGUGUGUACAUAACUGCAGUGUUACCGAUUCAAUUACACUACCGUUCAAAGGUUUAGGGUCAGUGAGUUUAUAUAAGUAUUUUUUUUUUUUAAAGACAAUAUUUUAUUUAUUAAAUAGGUCAAAUGUGGCAGUACAUUUAUUUUUACAUUGCU